AUGUUGAUCGAAAGCUACUUUGUGUCGGUCUCGGGGCCUCCCCUGGCAAACAACACUGCCAUCUCAAAGGACGCCGGAAUAUACGAACACACCCUUCACCCGAGCCACUCAACGUCGAACACCCUCAAGAAGAGCUCCGUUCCGCGCAACUGCCUGGCCGUCAGUGAUACCCACGUAUUCGCUGCCCAGGACGACAAAUCAACUAUCUACGUCUACUCCAGAGCAAAGGGCAACCAAGAAGCAUUGGUGACCCUGCCGGAACGUAUCAGAAGCGUUGCUCUGCUUGAUGAUGUGCUCAUCCUAGGAACACAGGAAGGGAGACUGAUCAUCUGGGAGGUAUGCACUGGCCGGCAAGUGACCACGCCAGCAUCACACGUGCAGGCUGUGAGCUGCAUUGCUGCCACGCCUUUCCACCUGAUCACAGGUUCUGAUGAUUCCAACAUCCAUGUUUGGUCUCUCCCUCGCCUGCUGGAGCUGGAUUCUACCAUUGAACAUGAGCCUCAAGACACUCUGUCAAAUCAUCGAGCUGCCAUCACCUCCCUCGCUGUAGGUCAGAGUGUGAAUCCUGACACCAACAUCUGCAUCUCAGCGAGCAGAGACAAGUCAUGCAUCAUCUGGAAUUACCAGCUCGGGGUAGCUCUGCGGACCCUGCUGUUCCCUAGCGCGCCUCUCUGCCUGUCUCUCGAUCCGUGUGCACGUGCCUUCUACGUAUCUUCCGAGGACGGUUCGCUGUAUGCCGUCGAGCUAUUCGCGGAAAAGGCUUUACUUGGCCCUCAGAGUGGCGAGGAAAGCUCUACUGCUGUACAGGUAUCGUCUGCAUUCGGCGCCGCUCCCCAGGAAGCUGGCCCUGCCUCCUGCCUCGGGGUGAACUAUGACGGUACUAUCUUGAUAUCAGGCCAUCCCCGUGGCCAUGUUCUCCGAUGGGAUCUCAGCAGCCGAGCAGACUCUACGGAGCUGGCGAACCUCAAUGCCUCGGUCACGAACGUCGAGUUCGUUCCGCUGCUCACUCCGGCACGGUCUACAAAGUCUGCCAUGGUAGUCAAGCCAUUUUUGGGCAGUAGGAGCUACGACUUCACCUCGCAGCUGGGCUCUGAUCUGGUGAGCGACACAAGAUUCGGCAAAAUGCUCAACUCGAAUGGGAUCCCAAAAGAUGUCCUGGAGCAGGCGAUACUCGCCUUCCAAGAGCCCGCCGGCGAUAACAUUGGCGACCAAGAAGUACGGAAAGAGAACGAGGAACUCUGGGAGAUUAUCAACCAGCAGCGUGCUCUACAGAAGAAGACUCUCGACCGCUACGUUGAAGCCAAGUCAGCCAAUGCCUGA